CCUAUACAUCUUCAUCUCCUUCUAAUUAUCUUCAGAAAGAAAGCAGCUCUAUACCAGCUAGUGCUGGACCUCAAUGCCCCAUGCUUCAACCAGUCGUCAUACUGAAUCCACCCAGCUAUACAAUCUCCGAGAACCUCCUCCUUGCAGAAACGAUGCCGUUACACCAGCAUUGUUUAUCCCAGUCCACGCGGUUCAUGAAGGGUUGAAGCGCCGCAAAGUGCGCCUUAUUGGGCAGAUAUUGCAUUUCAACAACCGCAAAUCCAUCCUCAUCAUCACCUCCCACCCAUCUGCUCGCAAGCCUACAGCCACUGCCGCUCAAUCGCCCACCCUCCUCGCCGACAUCUCCAUUCCACUCUUGGCAAACUCCCCAUCAGUUCGGGAUGUAACGGAUGUCCUUGGUACUGCAGUCUUCUCGCGCCUGUCAAAGUCGUUUUUGCCGCCAGAGAGUGAAGAGGAUAAAAGGAUGGUACGGAUGAAAGGUUUGGUAGGAAGGGAGAUGGUUUCGAUAAGGAGAGGAGAGUGGGUGAACCUUGUUGGGUGGUUGGAGGAUGGGAAGGAUGCUGUCAGGAAAAUUCAAACAUUUGGUCCGUAUGCUCCGCCCCCACCUCUUAUCCUCGAAGUGAUCCAUAUAUCCAACUCUCGACCACUUCCGACGCCCAUUCCAAAGUUGAGAGGAGAGAUAGAUGGAUGGAAUGGGCAGUUGACUGCGAUCAGUCCCGAUACGCCCAAGGCAGCUAUGAAAGGUAUGGCCAAGCAAACAGCUGAAGGAUGCGAGGAAAAAAAGGACGAAAGUUGGGACGAGGUCACGCCUAAGCCAAAGCGAAUGAGGCAGAUAAGCAGUUGAUAGCAUUCAACAACCCUGUCUGACACAACGAUUUCACCAUCUCAUGUUUGUUGUAAACAUGCAUUAUUAUCUACCUAUAUC